CACGCGCCGCUGCCGACUUCCCAACUACUACACCCCGCCGAAUACCUGCGUCCACACCGAGCAGGCACCAUGUCGUCAAACGAGCUCGCGCCCAGCUUCGCGCCAUUCUUUGGCAUGAGCGGAAUCGCGUUUGCUAUGAUCUUUGGAUGCGCGGGAGCUGCCUAUGGCACAGCCAAAGCAGGCAUCGGCAUCGCGGGUAUCGGAACAUACAGGCCAGACCUGAUUAUGAAGUCGCUCAUCCCCAUCGUCAUGUCCGGUAUCUUGGCCGUCUAUGCCCUCGUCAUAUCCGUCCUCAUCGCCAGCGACAUUAAGCCGCCGCCGGACAACACAUACUCGCUGUAUGCUGGAUUCAUGCACAUGGCUGCUGGCUUGUCAGUCGGAUUGUCAGGUUUGGCUGCAGGCUACGCGAUUGGAAUCGUGGGAGACGCUGGCGUGCGCUCUUUCAUGCGCCAAUCGAGGAUCUUCGUCGGCAUGGUCCUCAUCCUCAUUUUCGCUGAAGUUCUGGGUCUCUAUGGACUCAUUGUCGCUCUUAUCCUUAACACCCGCGCAAGUGGUUGAGCAUAGUCCUGUGAGAAGCACUUAACUUUAUGUUAUAGCGAACAAGCGAACAAGGCGGACACGGAGAUGGAUUUUGUACGACUACAUGGUGUAGAAACAGUUGACGAGCAUGCAAGCAUGGAGUUGCAAUAUUUGGGUUUGCAAUACACUGGAGUUUGGGCCAAUCUAGUACAAUCGAACAGCAUGUUAUUCCCGUAUUGAAUCGAAAGUGACAGACAAGAUGGCAGAAUGCUGGCGAGUAGACU